AUGUGGCCACAUAAGUCAGGACUUGGUGUUCGACUAAGCUACGGUGUUUCUGGAAAUCCAAAUGUUGAGAUCAAAUCACUGCCAAGUGCAAGUGCAAUCACAAAUAAUGAGUUGUAUCCGAUGGUUACUUUUCCUCGCAAAGAGGGACAAAGAGGCGAGGAUGGAUACUUAAAUGAAGUGGCAUGCAAGUCCCUACUAAAGAAACCACUAAACCAUUGCGUUGGCGAGCUAUACAAAUCAUCUGCUAAUAAUAUCUCAGUUGGAUUUGAUGAUGCUGCAUCAGCUUCAGCCAGUGUACCUUACAAGAUCAUAUCCUCGUAUGAAUUGGAAACCAAGGCUAUCGACUCGGUAAUUGCCUAUGAUCCAGGCUUUGGUGAUAUCGUUCAAGCAUUCAAAAUCAAACCACAAUCUCAAAAUGAAUUGCUCAAUGGGCUAGCUCACAUCACAGGUGAGUCAUUGUCGGUCUUGAGUCUAUCAAUUGUAAUUCAGGAUGGCGAUUCGAUGAAGCUCUCAAAAGCAUAUGAAGUGGAUUUUCUAGCUCAAGUGCGACAAGUUGUAGUGGCUGAAAAUGAAGACAAAGACAGGUUGAUUAUCCUUGUGAGAACUCGAGUUAAGGUAUAUGUGACUACUUGCAAAUUAUCACGCUAUUCAAACUCCUCCAAAUCGGAUCCAAGUUUCAAAUUGUCCAUCAUAAAAGAAAUUUGUUUAGAAAAAUUGAGCCGGUCGACGUUUGCUGAUGUGGCUGUUUGUCCGGUUGAUGCUCGAAAAUUCGCCACGAUUGACAUAGAAGGUAACUUAUCGGCAUGGGCAAUCAACAAAAAUAACGAUAAAGUGCUGCUAUUAAGCAGUGAUGAUUUGCAAUUACCAAUCACAGAUGCCAAAAAUUUGUCAAAUUGGCUACGACUAACAUGGUUGUCUAAUCUCAAUAGCAUUAUGAUUUCUACAAGAACAAAGAUGUUCCAAUAUGAUUUUGACAUGCCGGUUCGAAAGAUUUUGAUUACCUCUGACACUUGGUCGAGAACUCGAGAUAUAGUAUGCGUUGGGGGUAUGAUCUUCUACUUGACGUCGAAGGAGUUGAUUUGGUUACGAUGUGAAGCAAAGGUCGAGAGGCUACUAUCGUGGAAACAUUUCUUGAACGAUAAUGAUCCAUCGCUAAAGUUAUCGGUGUACGCCAAAGAUGAGAAGUACUUGUUAUUCAUAUAUUCACAAGUUUCUCCAGUGGUAUUAAUGUACACCUUUGGGUUUGAAAAUACUAUGCCAUGUAGUUUGAGAGAUCCUUACAUGUUACAAAGGCUGAAUGCAGCUGGCUUGAAGCAAUUGAUACCCUUGAAUAUGGAUGAUACUAGCGAUAUCGUUUUUCUCGAGUUGUCCGCAUCACUACACUUACAGCAGCGGCGUUUACAGUUUGGUCCCUUGUCCCAACAUCCAAGCACAAUAGAAGAACAAUUUGAAGACAAUGACAACAAAAGAAAGAACCACAAACAUAAAUCGCACCACUUGAAAAAGCUUCACGCGGCGCUUGUUCAAGCAAGUUCGACUGGUGAAGAUGAGGAGCUGGUGGUAGCGAUUCAGCAAUAUGCGUCGCGGUUAGGUGCAUCACUUGAAGGGAAAGAUGCUCAGAAACAAAACAACACUGGCUAUAGAUCGUUAUUGGAGGUUGAUUACCGAGCACCAUUUGGAAUCUCUGAUCUUAGCGAGUUGGAUGAUAUGAUUGCUGAGUUGGAGGAAAGUCCACUAACGGAGAAUAUAAAUAUCAAGAGUUUUAUCAAUAAUGCAUUCAUACAAAGAAAUGGGUUUAUCAAAGUUGCACAAGCGCAGACACAUAUCGUUGACAUUCAUGCAUUGCUACAACGCGUUUUUGGAGGGUGCAAUGCUGCAAACUCCAUAACAAACUCAGCGAUCUUGCUAGGGUUGUCCCUAAUAAAGUUUCAAGCUCAAACAAAUCAAUUUGAAUCCGCAUAUGAAACUGCAAAAGCCGCGUCUCAUAAACACGUUCGAAAUGUACUAAACGAGUGGGAUGCCCCCUCGUCAUCUCAAACGGAUCAUCAACUUGCUUCACAACUGUACAAUGCCUCGCAAAGUGUUCCCCUGUUAAAGUCCAGCCAAAUAGAACCCACGCAACCCCCAAAGCUUUCGCAAAGCACCAGUUCACAGCUUGGCGACUUUUCAAAGCCAAACUCCAAAUUCGCAUCACAACAAAGAUCACAAUCGCGAUUGGGAGACGCUCUUCGUAUAUCAUCCCAACGUAGCAGUCAAGGUGGAUCACAAGCAAAAAGGAGGAAAAAGAAAGGUGGGUUCUGA